AUGGGCAAGAAACACAAGAAGCACAAGGCGGACAAGUACCCGUAUGAAGACUACGUGGAGAAGCCCUUGAAGCUCGUUCUAAAAGUGGGAGGAAAUGAAAUCGCAGAACUUUCUACUCAGAGCUCAAUACCCGAUCCUGUACUGUACGAAGACAAAAAUGAACAUGAGAAGCACAAAGACAAGAAAAGGAAGAAGAGGAAGAAAGCAGAAAAGCAAGUUCCCGGAGAAGAAAAGGAAAAAAGAAAAAGAAAAGUCAAGGAGGAUAAGAAGAAGCGAGAUAAGGACCGCGGUGAAAGCGAAGGAGAAAGAGACUUGAAAGGCCAAACCACUAUAAGACUGGAAUUGCCCCCAGAAAAACCACUGGCGAGCAGUUUAGCAAAACAAGAAGAAGUAGAACAGACUCCACUUCAAGAAGCUUUGAACCAGCUUGUGAGACAGUUGCAAAGAAAGGAUCCAAAUGCUUUCUUUUCAUUUCCUGUGACUGACUUCAUUGCUCCCGGCUACUCCAUGAUCAUUAAACGCCCAAUGGAUUUUAGUACCAUGAAAGAGAAGAUCAAGAAUAAUGGAUACCAGUCCAUAGAAGAACUAAAGGACAACUUCAAACUGAUGUGCACCAAUGCCAUGGUCUAUAACAAACCAGAGACCAUUUAUUACAAGGCAGCAAAAAAACUAUUGCAUUCGGGAAUGAAAAUACUCAGCCAGGAACGAAUUCAAAGUUUGAAACAGAGUAUAGACUUCAUGGCAGACCUUCAGAAAAGCAGGAAGCAGAAAGAUAAGACAGAUCUACAGUCAGGUGGAGAAGACGAUGACGGUCAUGAGAAAGACCCAGGUUCUGCGGAAACAGACAUCAGAGACUGUAAAACUCCCGGCAAAGAACAUAAAAAGUAUAUCACAGGGGCUGAGUAUUUCUUUCAUUUCAGCAAAAUCAGGAGCAAGAGGAAAGACAAAGAGCUCCUUGAAGAAAAAAUAAGGAACAGUAAUUUGGAGAGGGAACAAGAACUGAUUGAACGAAUCAUCAGAGAAUCAGGAGGAAAAUUAACAAAACGGCCUGCUAAUGCUCAGUGCGAGUUUGAAAGGAGAAAACCUGACGGCACCACUACCCUGGGACUUCUUAAUCCAGCAGAAAACAACGCAGGAGAACUCGGCCAUAAUUCCACAAAGCUGGGCGUGACGGCCGGAAGGCUACAGUCGGGUGUAAAUACACUGCAGGGCUUCAAAGAAGACAAACGGAACAAAGUCACUCCGGUGAUGUACUUGAAUUAUGGGCCUUUUAGCUCUUACGCACCAGCUUACGACUCUACAUUCGCAAACAUCAGCAAGGACGAUUCAGAUUUGAUUUACUCGACUUAUGGGGAAGAUUCUAAUCAAGGGGUUUUUAAUAUUGACGAGUUUUUGGCGAAGUCUCAGGACUACCCCUAUGUCAUGGCCGACAGCUUGCUGGACGUCUUGACCCAAGGAGGGCAUUCUCGUUCGCUCCGAGAACUAGGAAGGCCAGCAGAUGAAGCCGAAGGCCCAUCCGAAAGAGCUGACGUGAUCAAAGGCCCAGAGAUCACCGAAACAGAUCCAUCCAUUAGGCUUGAAUCCUCUCUUAGUAAGGAAAGGCUUACAGCUCUGAGAGCCGUGACCAAUUUCGGGCUGCAGGUGGAGGAGUUUGAGUCGGAAGAAGCAGAAGUCUUCCAGAAGAAACUCGACGAAACCACAAAACUGCUCAGGGAGCUCCAAGAUGCUCAGAACGAACGACUGAGUACGAAGCCGCCUCCUAACAUGAUUUGCCUCUUGGGACCGUCUUACAAGGAGAUGCAUUUGGCUGAGAGAGUGACCAGUAAUCUCAAAGAACUUGCCCAGCAAGUUGCUCCAGGGGAUAUCGUGAGCACGUACGGUGUCCGUAAAGCCAUGGGGAUUUCAAUCCCUUUACGUGGUACGGGAGACAACUCUGUCGACUUAACUGACGAUGUGCCGGAACCAUCCAUAGCUCCCAUUCCCAUUGAUUGUGAAGCGCUUGCCACAUGA